AUGCUUCGACCAUUGCUCGUCACCGCAGCAGCCGUUGGUGCGGGUUCAAUAGCAGCUUCCAUCUACCUCUCCAACUGGAAGCGAUCCCUGGCAUCGAGAAUCAUUCACACCUCGAAAAACGGACAGAUUUCGCCCUCGACACCCAAAAAUAUCUCUUCUCUACCUACAGACAUAUUCAGCUCCAGGUACCAUGUCUUGUACGACUAUGCUUCUACAUCAGCACCGCGCAGUACCCUCCCAAACCUCGACCCGUCAGCGUUGCUGACUAUGCUUCUCCGUCGAAACAUGUCCUCAUUCGCAUCCUCGCCGCAAGCCCGUAUUCUCAAGUUCACGGCUUCGGGCUCUGAGAUCCAACAAAGCUUUGAUACCAAGCACAUUCAAGGCCUGAAUUUCGAGGAGGGCGAUCUCGUGUGCAAUGCGUAUCAGGUCAAGCUGAGAACGGAAGACAAAGCUGAGUUCGAGUUCAAGUUUGGGGUGCAAGGGAGGUUAGUGGUUAGGGCUGAGGUUCGAGGAGAUGAUGUGGUCUUCCAUAACGAGACAAUAAUGUGGAGGGAAAGAGAGUCGAAAUCCAAGUUGCCAUUGGAAAGAGGAUUAGCGCAAUGGGUUCAUGAGCUAACGGCGUGGCACAUGCUGGAUUCGGGAGUGGCAUAUCUGAAGAGCAAGAAGAGAGAGGACUAG